AUGGCGGUAGUGCCCCUACCACCUUACCCCCAACCCUCUCUCCCCAACUCUCUACCAUCUACCCCCAACUCUCUACCAUCUUACCCCCAACCCUCUAUCCCCAACUCUCUACCAUCUACCCCCAACUCCCUACCAUCUUAUCCCCAACCCUCUAUCCCCAACUCUCUACCAUCUUAUCCCCAACCCUCUAUCCCCAACUCUCUACCUUCUACCCCCAACUCUCUACCAUCUAAUCCCCAACCCUCUAUCCCCAACUCUCUACCAUCUUACCCCAAACCCUCUCUCCCCAACUCUCUACCAUCUAAUCCCCAACCCUCUCUCCCCAACUCUCUACCAUCUACCCUCAACUCUCUACCAUCUUAUCCCCAACCCUCUCUCCCCAACUCUCUACCUUCUACCCCCAACUCUCUACCAUCUUAUCCCCAACCCUCUCUCCCCAACUCUCUACCAUCUACCCUCAACUCUCUACCAUCUUAUCCCCAACCCUCUAUCCCCAACUCUCUACCUUCUACCCCCAACUCUCUACUCUCUACCAUCUUAUCCCCAACCCUCUACCCCCAACCCUCUACCCCCAAAUCUUCACCCUCUACCCCCACCAUCUUUCCCCAACCCUCUAUCCCCAACUCUCAACCCUCUACCCUCUACCCUCAAUCCCCUAACAUCUACACCCAACUUUAUUCCCUCUACCACUAA